AUGAUCGUUUGUUCAAUUACCAUUAUCCUUCUAUCAAUUCUUCUCGCCGGAUGCACCUCCUCCAACGGUCUGAGCAACGUGUAUCUGGUUUCCCUACAAUACAAAAAUGCCAGCACCUCGAGCCUGGGCCCCAAUGACCCCGUGCUGGUAAAUCCAGGCAUUGCAGAAAAAGUCUACAAUGUCUCACACGGCAAUAGCACGAUUCGCGAAGUCCGCGCCGGGUAUAUGGGUCUCUGUUUGACUCUCAGCAACGGCGCGCGGUUGUGCUCUGGCAGUGCGGCGGCGCUGGCGAGCAUGGUCAAGGCCGAGGGGAUACAGGGCAAUAAUACAGGGGCUGGUGACCCACUGAAUCUUAUUUGGAUUGCGCAGAAUUUCAAAGAAAAGAUUGUUUUUGAUGGGUUGAUAUUCAUCGCCGUGGUCUUGACCUUCCUAUGCUUUAUUCUCCUGGCGACAUUUCCAGGAUGGCAUGAAGAAAUCGACGAGGACGGGUCAGAGCGCGAGGUCAAGCCCUUCCCUUCUUGGACGGUGAUGCAGGUUACGCUGGGGCUGAGUGCGCUGGGCUUCAUGUUCGGCUUGGUCUCCAUUUUUUGGCAGCAUGUUAAUAGUAGUGCUGCCGGGACCAUGUCCGAGAGUCUCACGUAUGGGGCCGUCGACGGCCAUGUGGGCACGGCGGCGAUGAUUAUCGGGUGGGCGGCUGUAGUCUGCUUGGGUAUCGUUGCCUUGGCAUUGCUGAUCAUGAUCUUGAGUAUUCGAAUACUUAGGAAGCUGACUGAUGAGGAAUAG